AUGGUGGAGGGGGAGAUCCGCAACGGCGUGCUCGGCGCCAUCAGGACAAACUACGACGGGGAGCUGCUCACGACGCGGCUGGACGAGCCGGACAUCGCGAGGCGGCAGGAAGCCGAGGAUUUUGUGGUGGAGAUGCUCGAGAGGUCGCACGUGCACACGGCCGGGCACUUUUGGCGAGGUGUACAGGUAUGGGACGGUGCACUGGGGGCGACGCACGGGGUGGAGGGGCUGGUGCCGCGGUUAGAGGAGGAGGAGGAGGAGGAGGAGGAGGAGUUGAUUAGGGCUACGCCUUCGACGCCGAGGGGAGGUUUGGGGAAGGGAGGGGAUGUUGCUGCUAUGAUAGGGACAGGUGUAUAA